AAGUUGCCAUCAUGGCCCACUUUGAGGAGGUUCUGGACGGAGUGCGGCUGGCUCUGACCUGGGCCUCUCCUGCUGAGAUCCAGGCUAUGCUGGAGGGUUUAGUGGAGGAGCAGAUCAUCUCAGAGGCCUACAGCAAGAGCUUGAGUCUUCACAGACUUAUUGAGGGGAUUGAACCUGAGACAGUUCUCAGUGAGCCGACAUGUAAAGCUAGAUCUGACGAGCUGGAAGGCGCAAUUCAUUCUCAAGGAUCCACCACCUACUGGCACCAAGAUCAAUACAGUCAGGUGAGGAAAUAUGGGUUAUCGAAGUCAAGAGAAUCUGCCAUCACUGACUACAACCAGAUGAGAUCAGAGGAUGAACAUAACUGUACAAGGUCCAUGCCAAAUAUUCAUCCACACUAUGGCUCUGUGAACUACGGACAUGACCCUAAACUAAUACAGGAAUUGAGCCACUGGAUAUCAUCAAGAGGGACAGCAAUGGACGAACACUACCUCAGUCACAGGAUCAUAUGUGACCACCAAUUCAAUCUCAGAUUAGAGGAAGGAAUGACAGAACUGCUGAGAGAUGCAGAUUCAAUGCAGAAGCUCUUAAGUGAUAAUGAAAGAGUAGAUGAGGGGAAUUCAGAGGAUGAGAAGGAGUGGUUGGAGCAAGUAGAGGAAGCAGCCAGGCGAAUAGCAGUUCCUCUGUGGCAGCACUGGGACCGAGGACAGAGGAUGUUACUGCCGCUGGUUCCUUGUAUGACUAUCGGCUGUUCAGCAAGUGAAAAUGGAGGAACCGACAGUGAUACACCAUGUCCUGUUUUUGAUAUGGAAGAUGAAACAGAGCUUGCAGCCGCUUGCCAGAUGCUAGACUUGUACACUAACAACUGUAAGUGUAUGGAGGCUGGGGUUACAGACACGAGCUUGACAUUGGAUACAGAGAGAGCCACUGACACAUUAAAAGGCCUCUAUUUCUCUAAAUCUGACAGUGUGGUGGCAACCAGACUAAAUUCGGAUCAUUUCAAUAUCUCUGAAACAACUGACACAGCAUUAGAUGCAUCACCUGUUGAGGCCUGUGCAGCAGACGACCAUGAAAAUAAAGAGGAUGAGGAGAGGGUGGAUUCACACUGGGAUACCAAGAUGCAUGAAGUGGAACAGGACCAUGAAUUCGGAGAUCUACCAGAUGAUUUAUCUGAAUUCUUGAACAAUGAGUACCUGCCAGAGUUUAUCGACACAGAAGUCCUCUUUGGCGAUCCAUGGUUGAAUUGUGGGGACAACAACAGUGACGUUCUCACAACAACAGAGCUACCCAGCUCAGACAGCCACCAGCAGGAAAAGCAGCACAAUUUAAGAAGCAAAACAAAUAACAGGCAUAAAAGACCGAAAGCUCCUCGGUCACAACCAUGCACUGAUGAGAAUAUGCCAUCCAGAGCUAAAAGGCCCCGAGCAGCAGGUCAAGCAAAGACUAAAAAAGCACAGACUGAGCCAACUGUCACUCAGGGCAGGGACACAGGAUCAGAGCUGAGUCCAGCAGAGACAGCAGGCCUCUCCACACCUUCACCGAGGAUCCUUCAUCUCCAUCCCUCCAUCCAGUUUAUCACUAUCCCAGACACUCCAGGAUAUCAGGUUGUUCAGACACUGAGUCUCUCUCCUCCGGUUAUUAGACUUCCACUCCCCAAUACAGCUGCUACACCAACAUACAUAUUUGUGCCUGCUCCCUCGCCACCCCGCAACUGCCAAAUGCCACCCCUCUCCCCAGUGGACGGUGCAGUAGCACCAGUCCAAAUGAGUUCAUCCCCACCUGGAUCUUUGUCAGACACUGCUAGCAAAGCCAUGUCUCCUCCUCGUGCCUCACCACUCUUCCCCAGUAAUGAAACAUCCCCUUGUAAAGAAUCACCUGUUCCUCAGUCUCCCACUGUCCUUGAUAUUCCACAGGGUGUCAAGGACUACAUUCAGGAAGCCAAAGCCCACAUGAGUCAAACCUGCCAAGAUAUGGAACCAGGGAUGAACCUGACCUCUCAUUACAUCGAUGUGCAAGUGAUCCAGAGAGAGAUUCUUCGCUCUGGAAAAAACCCAAACAAAUGCCUGGACAAAGAGCUAGUCAUCAUGGGAGAAACAGACCAACAAAAAAGCUUGUUGGGGCAGAGUCAGAUCUUUGAGAGCUCAAAUGGAGACAAGCCCAAACGCUACAUAUUGCUACUCGGCAAUGCAGGCAUGGGGAAAACCACCCUGAUCAGGAAGCUGUGUCUUGACUGGGCCAGAGACUGCAUCCCACAGUUUGACUUUGUCUUCUUAUUGGAUGGCAAAGCACUCACCAUAACAGAGCCGACCUAUAGCCUUCAGACCCUCCUGCUCAACCUCUCCUCCUUUGCCCCUUCCUGCAUCGACCCCCAAGCAGUGUAUGCUCAAAUCCUUGCAGCCCCUAAGCGUGUGCUAAUCAUUUUUGAUGGGUUUGACGAGUUGCGGGACUAUGAAAUUCUUCUCCAGACUCAGGAAAAAGACUUGAUCACAUCAUUGCAAAAAGACAGUAAAGCGCAGACCUACACAGUGAGACAGCUAUACUCUGCCAUCCUUCAGAGGGUCCUUCUUCCCGGCUGCACUCUUCUGCUCUCUACCCGACCAAGAGGCACUGCCAGCCAGCUACUUCGGCGGGCAGACAGCCUUUUGGAAAUGAGUGGCUUCACCCCCACAUAUGUCGAGAGUUAUUUGUCCCAGUACUUUACUGAUCCUGCCCUCAGGACAUCUGCCAUGGACUGCUUAAAAAACUGCAGCUAUCUACAUCAUCUCUGCUGGAACCCUGGGCUAUGUCGGCUGGUGUGCUUGGUUUUAGAGCAGUUCAAAAGUUCAGAGAUCCUACCGAGAACUUUAACCGGACUCUGCCAUCAAGUGCUUCGCCUGAAAAUAGAAAGAGACUGCAGGAGCACACAUUCACAGGCUGAGGCUCAAGCACAAAUAUCCAUUCAAUCUGGAGAAGAAACCCAGACACAUACCUCAAAUAACACUCAGGCGAAGAGAGGUUCCAAAAAUACUCAGAGAAAGUCCCGAGCACAGGUGCGCACUCGCUCUCGCACCCAAAGAGCAAGGCGGGCAAAAGUACAGGAGAAAGAGGCAGGUGAAGUGGAAGCAGAGGAGAUGAAGAGUGAUGGAGGUGAUGUAGAUAGCACAGAGGAGAGAGAGUUGCUGUCCCAGCUGAGCUCUUUGGCCUGGGAAGGGGUCAAAGCCAACUCUUCCAUCAUUCCCACGGGACGGACCAUAGCCACCAAACUCGAGGCGUUUGGUCUCAGGACAGGGCUCUUCCUCUCUCACCACCUGAAAACGAAGCAGGUGUUUUCAUGUGGUGAGAGGGAGGGAGGGGAAGGAGAGGACAGAGAGAAAACAGGAAGAGGACAGAAAGGACAAAAAAGGGAAAACCAAGGAAGCACAGAUAUGGAAAACAAUAUCAGCGAUAACAUCCUGAUGUGGGCCAACCCCUUUCUUCAGAGUUACCUGGCAGGGGUCCAUCUGGCUCUGUCAAGGACUGUAUCAGACCGUACUUUCCUCCAGUCCCUCCCUUUCCAGUCGGGCUCAAAGGGGCGUCGGCGACCCCAAAGAGAGGAGCUGGAGCUGACUCAACGAUUUGCAGUUGGCCUCCUUUUCCACAACAGGACAGAGCUGCAGAGGCUUCACCUGUACACAGAGACAACUUUCAGAGACAUGGUAGUCAGCAAGCAGGGUUUAGUAACCAAACACCUUGAGGGUCUUUCCCAUGUUGACCUGAGCCCCGCACAGAUUCUGGAGGCGUGUCACUUUGUUUAUGAGGCAAGUUUCACGCAUGGGGACGAUAGCAAAGAUAGUGGGGGCACACGAUUGGCUACUCACCUGGCAGUGAACCUUCCAGAGGUUCUGACAUUUCACAGAGUUUCACUCAGCCCACUGGACAUGUUCGCUAUGCAGAAUGUUCUCGAAAGGGGCGGAACUGAAGGUAGAAGUUUCUGUUUGGAUCUGGAGGACUCUGGGAUACAGAUCUCUGGACUCAGGGCCCUGGUGGGGCUCAGCAACAUCAACACAUACAGGGCAUGCAUUGCUGAUGUCAUCACCCUAUGGGGGCAGCUAGAGCAGAGUGGUGAAGAGGGGCUCCUACAACAGGUGAUCUCCAAGUUCAAGAUCCACCCUCUGAAAGCCACGCAGGUGUGUCACAUAGAGCACCUGGCCAAGCUGGUUAACAUACACGUGCACAGGAGGCUGUCAGACAGUAGCUCCAGCCAAUCAGAUUCCAUCCUGGCAGAGGGAGUGCCAGCAGUCAAAGAGCUACACAAGCUGGAGUUUGAGCUUGGUCCAGAGAGUGGCCCCCUGGCUCUUCCCAAGCUGUGGGAGCUCCUGCCAGGUUUACAUAACCUACAGCACUUAGAUUUAGAGAACAGUAAAAUCGGAGACAAAGGAGCUGAGAAAUUGGCUGAUGCUUUAGUCUCCCUCUGUUCCCUGGAGAUACUCAAUCUGUCACAGAAUUGUAUAGGAGACCAGGGGGUAAAGAAACUAGCAACCACACUGAGGGAUCUGCCCAAACUGCACUGUUUAAGUCUCUACAGUAACGUGAUUUCUGAUGAAGGGGCAGAGAGUUUGGCUGCUGCCCUCCCCCAAAUGGCUUCUCUCACUGACCUAGAUGUGAAGUAUAACAAAUUAACAGAUGUUGGAGCACAGAGCUUGGGAGUCAGUCUGAGAAACUGUAAAAAAAUCAAGACUUUGAGGAUGUGGAACCAGUGUAUUCCAUAUGGAGUAUUUGAGAGACUUCAACAACAGGACCACAGGAUCCUUUGGCAUUAGAACGUUGUAAAACUUCUACACCACAAGGCUAUAAACUUGCGUGUUCACACUACAAGAUUACUUAAGCAACUACAUUCUCUAGAGCACAUAUUCUUGAGAGACUGUGACAGUAACAAACAGAGAGCCUAAGAGAGAGUGCACUAAAACAAACAUGGAAGGUUACUUGCUGCUUUAUUCAACAGUUAAUCGUGCCAGAUUCUUUCUAAUAUUCCACUGUGUGCUGAAAGGAAAUAAUUUCUCCUUCAGGUAUGUAAUUCCUGCUUCAAAUUCAAGAAGCAUAUUUGCACUAUUGUCAGUGGAUGAAUUAUAGAUUUUUUUUCUGUAUGAUGUGUCCUGAAAGGUCUGUGUUUGUUUGUUGUUGUUUUUAUCUGUUGUAUAUAGUAUUUUUAUCUGCUGUAAAUUACACUGUACAUUGUUUAGCUUAAAUCUCAAACUUUGGUAUUAAUAAAAUGUUUCAUAUUGUCACUAGU